UGUAUCGCAAGUUUGAUACACACAAAAAAAACAUCUUCUGCUACAAUGAUUUAACGAAUAAAAUUUAUCAAUGUGAUUGACUGUCUGGAAAAGGUGUCUAACCUUGAAAGUGCAAUGCUCCAAUUUCAAUUUAAAUUUUACAAAAAAAAAUUGACAAGAAAUUAGGAUACGUCGAGAUGCAGAACAUCCUGAAGCCAAUCAAUCGAAAUAUGUUACGUUCGAAAGUGAAACACUUGAACCAUUUGCAUCGCUACAUUGGCAAAAGUAAUAAAAUUCCAAGAUGUCCCAAUCAAAACAUCUUUUGCCUUUUUGGAUCGUUAUCUCACAAAUCGUUGAGACAAAUACACAAGGAACACAAGGCAGUGAAUUCACUGUUGGUACGCAGUGGUUUCGCCAAAUUGUGUCACACAAAUCCAAUCAAGUAUUGUAGAUAUUUACACACUUCAUGUGCAAAAUUGAACCAAAAUAAUUCCAGCUCAUCCAACUCAAAUGAUCCAAAGAAAGAAAACGACGACAAGGUGAAAUCUUUGCUACUUAAAUUAGCUGUGUGGACCAUGUUUUGUUACAUGAGUUUUCUAUGGCUGUUGUAUACUUUUAAUUCAAGUCCACCAGAUCCCAACGAAUCAGCAAAGUUCGUUUCGUGGAAUGAAUUCGUCCAUCAAAUGCUAGCUAAAGGUGAGGUCAAAGAGCUCAUAGUGAGACCAGAAAUCGACAUGGUCACUAUUGUACUCCACGAAGGAGCUAUCAUCAAGGGAAAACGAAGUUCGUUCAGGAGUUAUCAUAUGGUAGUGCCCAAUGUAACAAAGCUAGAAGAAAAAGUCAGAGAGGCCGAAGAAUCUCUUGGAAUAAAACCUGAGAACGGAAUACCAAUCAUCUACGACAGGCCAAAGUCCUCCUAUGCCCACGUGCUGAUUAUUCUUGCGCUCAUUGCGUUUUUGGCAUUGGUAUUGUCCAAAUCGUCCGUGCGCACGAACAUUGGCUCCAACAUGUUUUCCCAGCUAACGAGAGCGAAAUUCACCCUAGUCGAUCCACUGACGGGCGUUGGUAAGGGCGUCCGGUUUUCAGACGUAGCUGGCCUGCAAGAAGCCAAGACCGAGGUCAUGGAGUUUGUGGACUACCUCAAGAGUCCCGACCGCUACAAGGCUCUGGGAGCCAAAGUUCCAAAAGGAGCUCUGCUAUUGGGACCACCAGGCUGUGGUAAGACUCUCCUGGCUAAGGCUGUCGCUACGGAAUCCAACGUUCCGUUUUUGUCGAUGAACGGUUCCGAAUUCAUCGAGAUGAUCGGAGGUCUCGGAGCCGCUCGCGUUCGCGACUUGUUCAAAGAGGCAAAGAAAAGAGCCCCGAGCAUAAUAUACAUCGAUGAGAUCGACGCAAUCGGGAAAAAGCGCUCGCAGUCGGAGAGCGGCCAGUCGAACAGCGAGAGUGAACAAACGCUAAAUCAGCUGCUCACCGAGAUGGACGGCAUGGUGUCCACGGAGGAAGUCAUCGUCCUGGCCUCGACGAACAGAGCCGAGGUUUUGGACAAAGCUCUGCUGCGUCCGGGUCGAUUCGACAGGCACAUACUCAUCGAUCUGCCGACUUUACCCGAAAGGAGACAGAUCUUCGAGCAACAUCUCAAGAGCAUCUUCUUGGAGAACAGCGCCGCGAGCUACUCGAGUAGACUGGCCUUUUUGACGCCAGGGUUCAGUGGUGCUGACAUAGCUAACGUGUGCAACGAGGCUGCGCUCCACGCCGCCCGUCUAAAGAAGACCAAAGUAGUCGGUGACGAUUUGCUCUAUGCAGUGGAUCGAGUCAUAGCCGGUAUCGAGAAGCGCGACAGUACGAUUUCACCGUCGGAGAAGCGAGUGGUAGCCUACCACGAAGCUGGCCAUGCACUGGUUGGCUGGCUACUCGAGCACACAGACGCUCUGUUGAAGGUGACAAUAGUGCCUCGGACUAACCGUGCCCUCGGCUUUGCCCAGUUUACCACGAGUGACCAGAAACUGUACUCCAAGGAACAGCUAUUUGAGCGCAUGUGCAUGGCCAUGGGUGGUAGAGUCGCCGAGAGCUUGACUUUUAAUAAAGUGACCACUGGGGCACAAAAUGACUUGGAAAAAGUCACCAAAAUGGCCUAUGCCCAGGUUCAGCAGUACGGCAUGGAUGAGGUUGUUGGGCUGAUAUCCUUCUUGCCUGAGCAAACUGACAAGAACACGCGUAAGCCUUAUAGUAAGAAGUUGGCUAAUUUGAUGGACCUAGAGGCAAAAACGAUCGUCACCAGAGCUUACCAGAGAACUGAAAAGUUGCUGUCGGAAAAUAAAGAAAAAUUGAAAACGCUUGCUGAGGAACUUUUGAAAAAAGAAACGCUUACGUAUGAGGAGGUUGAAAAACUGAUCGGGCCACCGCCGUUUGGUAAAAAAAAUCUUAUUGAUUCUGUCGAUUUCGUCACUCCGAUAUCGACAUCCGGAUCGUCGGAGCCGGAGUCAACUCCUCCUCAACCAGCACCAACGUAAUAGGGAACUUUUAAUUUUAACAUGUGAAUUAUUUCAUCUGAUGGAUUUUGUUGUUAUCACUCGAAUUUUGUAUUAUAUACAUGAAAAAGAACAUUUAGAGCUCUUGUAAUAUAGAUUGUUCGUUAUUAUUAAUAAAUAAAUGCGGAUUGAUUUGAAAAA